ACAGAAGGCUAUCUUAAUUGAUUUUGAAGCUCUCACACAUCAGCGAGGGUUAGUUACGCUUUACACUCGGUUUUUCUCUUGAGAUUUCAACUUGAUGGAGGAUCAUCAAGAAAAACAGGCUACAAGUCGCAAAUCAACAAAUGAUGAAGAUCAUCAGACAAAAUCAGAAGAAGAAAUUGCCAACAUAUCAGCAUCAGCAGAAUCAACAAAACCCACCUGUUUCAGAAUUGAACCGUUAAAUUCUCGCAAUCCCGAUGAAGAGGAAGCAAGGUCACCAAGCGCUGAUAGUUCAAGAACCGAAUCAAUACGCAGCUCAAUUGACAGUGAAGAAGUGUACUCAUCCACAUCUGAGCCUAAAUCAAUCAGUACGCAACAUAUCUACCUUAAGAGCCGAUGCAUGCAUACGUCAAUACACAGGACUGGAUAUUGGAAUAAACAGGUCAAGGAAAAAGCCUUUGACACUAGCAAUAACUUGAUGUGGGAAAUAUGUCCAAAAAAGAAAAGAACAAAGAGAUGUCUUGUUGACAUUGAGGCCUUCCAUACUCAAGAGACCAUUAAUAAGAGCUCUUCGGAACAAAACUCGAGCACUGUUGUUGAAAAGGUUAAAAGGUUGAAGUUACAAAGCUCAAGUGGGUCGAACCAACCUGAUACGAGAAAGGCUCAUGCUUGUAGUUUAUGCGACAUGUCAUUCUCUACGCACCAAGCACUCGGUGGCCAUGUUUCAAGCCACGGAAAGAAUAAACGGAAGCAAGAUGAAGGAGGGGAUAUGAUGCUGAAGAGAAGUAAGAAGAAGAGAAAUGAGUCUCGUGGGCAUCAAUGUGAGAUUUGUUGCAGGGUUUUUCCAACAGGGCAAGCUCUUGGUGGACAUAAGCGAGCGCAUUGGGAAGAUCCAAAUAAGGAUAAAAGUAGCAAUGGUUCAGUAUUGAAAAGUUUCAGACUCUUUGGUACAAUUAUGUUCUCGGCGAAAUCUUCGGAAGAAAAGGAUGAUGGUAAUCAAGAAAUCAAUCAAGCUCACGUUGUUAAUGAAGUUCCGGAAGAGAGAGUUCACAAUUUUGCGGAUCGGCUGGGCUCUGAUAGUACUGAUCCUGUUCUUGAUUAUGUCAAUCAGAGAACAGAGAGUGAAGACCAUGACAUGUGUUGCUUAAGGCUGUAAUACUAAGUAGUUUAAAGAGUUUCAGUAAGCUUUUUUCUUUUCCCCUUCUUUUUCUUUGUUGCUGUUGUUGUUGUUGUUGUUGUACAAGGAGUUUCAGUAAGUUUUUCGU